GAAGUUUCCUUGAUUUCCAGUGGCUGCUGUUGUUUGAGUUUGGUUUGGAUCAAAACUGAGGUUAUCCUGGCAUUUCUGGGACUGAAUCCAGGCAAGAGGAAGAAGAAAAAGGAGAAGGAAGAGAGGAGGGAAAAGGUGGGAAGAAAUAAAGGGAGGAGAGAAGCAUAAGGAAAAGAAAAAACUCCUUUUCAACAUCACAUUCCUGUGUUUUCCCUCGGCCUGGAAAACAUAUUAAUCCCAGUGCUUUUACGCUCGGAAACAAAGAGACUAAGCCAGACUGUGGGGGAAAGGGUGAUAAGAAGGAUCCUGGAACUCGAAAAAGAGAAAGAGCCAGAUUUAGAAAUAGCUGAGACUCCACUUUAAGGGGCGUCCAGUGCUGUCGGCCGGCCGGGGGGGAUUGGCAUUCGCAGACACACCGCCCGAGCAGAAGCUGCAGACAAAUGGAGAUGCAAAGACUUAAAAGGACAGCUCCUUUCACCUCAUUCUACUUGUCAAGAAGGUAAAAAAGCACAGCCAGAAAGAAAAAGAAGAAAGUUUAGCCCUCAGGACCGGACAGGCGGUGGUCUGUGUGCGGCUCUGGGAGCUGGGGCUGCAGCACACCCCUUUGUAUCGGCCAGCCUUGCAAAGGAGAAGGAGAAUUGGGAGGAAAAGUAUUUCGUCUAGGAACUGUCCUGGAAGCACACUUCAGAUUGCUUUUUAAAACCUCUGCAUUCCAUCUCCAUGAGCCACUAUAGGACUGCACAAUGACAUGGAGAAUGGGACCCAGUUUUACUAUGCUGCUGGCACUGUGGCUGGUGUGUGGAUCAGAACCCCAAGGGCAGACCAUGAAUAGAGGGAGCCGUGGAGGGCAGAAAGUGUCUCUGGUUUCCGCCGUCAACAGAAGGCCAGCUCGGUUACUGAGGCACACAGGGAGGUCUCAGGGAAUUGAGAGAACCACUCUGGAAGAACCAAACCUUCAGCCUCUCCAAAGAAGGAGGAGCAUACCGGUAUUGAGAGUAGCUCAUGCCACCGUGCCGCCAGCCUCGCUGGGCAUCCGUGGGGCCCCAGUGAGAACUCAGCAGAGCCCAGCAGCUCGGAGCUCUCCCCGUGAGAUGGUCCGAGAUGAGGGGUCCUCAGCUCGGUCAAGAAUGUUGCGCUUCCCCUCUGGGUCCAGCUCUCCUAACAUCCUUGCCAGCUUUGCAGGGAAAAACAGGGUAUGGGUCAUCUCGGCCCCACAUGCCUCGGACGGCUACUACCGGCUCAUGAUGAGCCUGCUGAAGGACGACGUGUAUUGUGAGCUGGCUGAGAGGCACAUCCAGCAGAUCGUGCUAUUCCACCAGGCAGGCGAGGAAGGAGGCAAGGUGCGAAGGAUCACUAGUGAGGGCCGCAUCCUGGAGCAGCCCUUGGACCCCAGCCUCAUCCCAAAGCUGCUGAGCUUCUUGAAGCUGGAGAAGGGCAAAUUCGGCAUGGUGCUGUUGAAGAAGACACUGCAGGUGGAGGAACGCUACCCUUACCCGGUCAGGUUGGAGGCCAUGUAUGAAAUCAUCGACCAGGGACCCAUCCGCAGGAUAGAGAAGAUCAGGCAGAAGGGUUUUGUGCAAAAAUGUAAGGCCUCUGGAGUCGAGGGCCAGGUGGUGGAGGAGGGGAACAAUGGUGGAGAGGCAGGAAGGCCAGGCCUGAGCAGUGAGAAGAGGAAAGAGGAGCAGAGGAGAGCGCAAGUGCCACCCACCAGAGAGAGUCGGGUGAAGGUGGUGAGAAAACCGGCCACCACUGCAGGGGCCCCUCCCCCCGCUCCUCCAACCCCACGGGCCACCACACUGCCUCCAGCUCCGGUCACAACAGUGACGCGGGCCACCUCUCGGGUGGUGACGGUAGCUGCAAGACCCACAACCACCACGGCCUUUCCGACCACCCAGAGGCCCUGGACCCCCCGAGUGCACCUUUCCUCGGCCCCCCACAGGCCCCCAGCAACAGCCGAGGUGACCACUGCCAAGGGGCCGGUGGCCUCCGAGAAUCUCUACCCUCUGCCCAGGAAGGAGCAGCCCAGAGAGAGGCCGCCGACCACUAGGAGACCCAGCAAGGCCACCAGCUUCGAGGUCUUCACAGCUGCCCCUUCCAUCGCCAUCUCCGAGCCCAGCACCAGGGCCGGCGCGGGCCGUUUCCGGGACAACCGCACAGACAGGCGGGAGCAUGGCCCCCGGGACCCCAACGUGGUGCCAGGUCCUCACAAGCCAGCAAAGGGGAAACCUCCCAAAAAGAAAGCCCAGGACAAAAUUCUUAGCAAUGAGUAUGACCUCAGCCGGCCGACCACCUCUCAGCUGGAGGAGGAGUUGCAGGGGGGAAAUAUGCCCCCCAAAAAGGCGAAGGAGUCUAAAAAGCACGAAAAGCUUGAGAAACCCGAGCAGGAGAAGAAAAAAAAGGUGAAGAGUGAGAAAGCAGACAAGUUACUCAAGAGUGAAAAGCAAGUGAAGAAGGACAAGGCUGAGAAAAAGAGCAGGCAGGAGAAAGAGAAGAACAAGAAGAAAAAGGUGGGGAGGACAGAGCAGGAUGGCCACCUGAAACCCGCAAAACCCUUCACUCAGAAUCCCAGGAAGUCGGUGACCGACCUACUGGGACCCUUUGAAGGCAAACGAAGGCUGCUUCUGAUCACUGCUCCCAAGGCUGAAAACAGCAUGUAUGUGCAGCAGCGAGAUGAGUAUCUGGAAAGUUUCUGCAAGAUGGCCACCAGGAAAGUCUCCGUGAUCACCAUCUUCGGUCCUGUCAGCAACAGCACCAUGAAAAUCGACCACUUCCAGCUAGACAAUGAGAAACCUAUGCGAGUCGUGGAUGAUGAGGACUUGGUAGACCAGCAUCUCAUCAGCGGGCUGAGGAAGGAGUAUGGCAUGACCUACAAUGAUUUCUUCAUGGUGCUCACGGACGUGGACCUCAGAGUCAAGCAAUAUUAUGAGGUGCCUAUAGCAAUGAAGUCUGUGUUUGAUUUGAUCGAUACUUUCCAGUCCCGAAUCAAAGACAUGGAAAAGCAGAAGAAGGACGGCAUCAUUUGCAAGGAAGACAAGAAGCAGUCACUGGAAAACUUCCUAUCCAGGUUCCGUUGGAGAAGGCGGUUGCUGGUGAUCUCGGCCCCUAAUGAUGAAGACUGGGCCUAUUCACAGCAGCUCUCUGCCCUCAGUGGUCAGGCAUGCAAUUUUGGUCUGCGCCACAUAACAGUUCUGAAGCUUUUAGGUGUUGGAGAGGAAGUAGGGGGCGUUUUAGAACUGUUCCCAAUUAAUGGGAGCUCUGUUGUGGAGCGAGAAGACGUACCAGCCCAUUUGGUGAAAGACAUACGCAACUAUUUCCAAGUGAGCCCAGAGUACUUCUCCAUGCUUCUAGUUGGAAAAGAUGGAAAUGUGAAAUCCUGGUAUCCUUCCCCAAUGUGGUCCAUGGUGAUUGUGUAUGAUUUAAUUGAUUCGAUGCAACUCCGGAGACAGGAAAUGGCCAUUCAGCAGUCACUGGGGAUGCGCUGUCCAGAAGAUGAGUAUGCAGGCUAUGGUUACCAUAGUUACCAUCAAGGAUACCAGGAUGGUUACCAAGAUGACUACCGUCAUCAUGAGAGUUACCACCAUGGAUAUCCUUACUGAACAGAAAUAUGUAACCUUAGCCCCAGCCAGUUUCCCCUGCAACUGUUAAAGUCACAUGUGGCCAGCUACAUAAAGGAGAGUUCUUCCACACUGCCUGCACUCCCUGCCUUUUUCUUUCAGUGUUCUUCCAAGAUUAAAUAAAUAGCAACAUUUUGCCUACUCAUGAGUUGUCAAGAAACCUUAAAUCAUAAAGAUGUUCAAAAGAACUGCUUCUCUAACUGGAGAAUAAGUAUUUAUACCUCUGUUUUACUUUUUUAAAAGUAUUAAUUGGUAAGUGAAAACUAGGAUUGUUAAAGAUCACAGCACAGAUGUUUUCAAAUAAACAUCUGAGCAGAUGGAACAGACAGAGCAGAUAGCAUCUUAACCCUUUUUGAAAUAUCAGUCUAAAAAUGAUUAAGAUGGCUCUGCUUUAUACUGUGAGUUUCUUUCCUGAAGCUUGAUACCAGAGGAGUCUAGUGAUAUUGACUUCCAAAGCCAGGGCAAGUACCCAACUCCACUUUGUUAGCAUAGCUACUUCCUGCCCUGUUUCUCUUAUCUUUAGUGUCAGGGGAAAGGAAACGCUCAGUCACCUCCAGAACUGGCUGUGCAGCUAAAGGUGACACUUUCAGAGUUCCAUCAGGUACCAUGGAAUUCCCAGCAUGGGAAACCUUGACUCUUCACACUUGACUUCCUGAGCAUGCUUGC